GAUGUGGCGUAGAGAAUGUGUAUAUAUUUUCCGUUUCUCUCUCUCUCGGUCGUUUAUUCAGGACGCCGUGAGGAGGAGCACGUAACCGCGAACGAGACGUGUCGUCUGGCCGAGCGCGAACUUAAGCCCCGCGUGAAAGUUGAGUGCGGUAGUUUGUUUACGGUGUCCGAGGAGCGAGGAGGAGAGCACGGCGAGAAAUUAAGAGCAACAUCAAACUUGCUUGGUGGAAAUUGGCGCCAGUCCUCACCGACCCCAGCUCAGACGUCUAUACAGCCAUCCCAAGAUAAAGAAGAUAUGGACCCAGAGCUUGCAAGAUACUUGGACCGUUCCUACUGGGAACAGCAGUCACAGCAAAAGCAGACUUUUCAGCAAAAGCAGGACCAAGGAGUGAGUGAUUUGGGUAGCACUCUAUCACCCACACAACCAUCAGCACCCAUUAAUGCCACCAAGGCUUCACUCUCUCCAACCAAACUUUCCCAAGUCAAGAUGACUGAAAAUUACCAGAAUGGAGAGACAGAGGAAGUGGACGAGUUUGUGACAACUCUCCGUACUCAGUUAGAAAUAUUUGUGAAUCGCAUGAAGAGCAAUCAGUGUCGAGGACGUCCCAUUGCUAAUGAUUCAUCUGUUCAAACUCUGUUCAUGAACAUCACAGCAAUGCAUGCUCAACUCUUGAAAUACAUUCAUCAACAAGAUGACAAAAGAGUAAACUGUGAACGUCUUCAAGACAAAAUUUCACAGGUGAGGGAUGCCCGAGCUGCCCUUGAAGCCCUAAGGGAAGAACAUCGCGAACGGGUGAGACGAGAGAAAGAGGAACAAGAGCGUCUGAGGCAAGUUCAGAUGAUGCAGAAGCUAGAAAUCAUGAGGAAGAAGAAGCAGGAAUAUUUAGAGUAUCAGCGGCAGCUUGCACUUCAUCGUAUGGCAGAGAGUGAAAGGGAGAUGUUCAACAAGGGUUCUGUGAUGGGGCCACCCCCCACCUCCAUGUACCCAAUGGGUUACCCUGCAUACCCUGGUGUGGCUGGGCCCAUGCCAAGCCAGCCACCGUUACCAGGGCACAUGUAUCAAGGUCAACCUGAGACGGGGCCUCCCCAGGGAGGUGUACCACAAGGUGGAAUGCCUCAGACAGGAGUCCCACCAGGUGGUGUGCCACAAGGUGGCGCUCCGCCAAACUCUAUGUCCUACCCUGGAGGACCAGGACAAGGCCAAUACCAGCAUCCUCCUCCAGGUGGCCACCCAGGUCCAGUGAUGGGAGGGGGUCAGGCUGGGCCUCCACCUGUGACUCAGCCAGGAUACCAGCAACCGCCACAUGAAUUUUCCCCGUAUAACAUGCAGGGAAUGGCAAACAGUCUGCCAAAUAUUAGUGGUGGGAUGCCAGGCUACCCACCCCAACAGCAACCUGGGCCGGGCAUGGCUCCUCCGCAGAUUGCUGGUCAGCAUCCCAUUGCUGGGCCAGGACAACAGCCGCAGGGCGUGAUGCCCAUGCAAGGUGAUAUGAGUGGAGGAGCACCGCAGAUUCCUCCUCAAACCCAGCCACCCCCAACAACACAGGAGCAGCAGGCUGAGCUCAUCUCAUUUGACUGAGUGUGGACCGAGUCUUUCUGUUGCUAGAAGAGGAGAGGAUGGAACCCAGUCAACUUUUUCCAGCUUCUUUUCUCUGAGGUCUUUUCUUAUACAUACUUGACUAUCAGUAGAAGAGAUUUCCAUUUAUUAGGAAAUUAAAUAUACUUCAUUUUGAUGCUAGUAAUUAAAAAGGAAACAAAAAUAAACUGGUCUUACAGAAAUCGUAAGCAAUCCGUUAAAUUACUGAAAUAUUUGGCCAGGUGACCAGGAUCAGUUUUAGUAAUUUUUGGUUUUCAUUCAGUUCUUUUCAUUGGUUUAAUUUUGUGUUUUUAUAUUUUAUUAUACAUUCACGAUAGGAAUAAACUUAAAUGGAUCAUAUGCAGCUGUAUUUGACUUUGGAAAAAAAAGCUAAUUCUAUUAAUUCUGUGAAAUAAUAAUGGGAAGUGAAUAUACUUCAACAUGGAUUAUUUACAUGUACAGUGCUGAUAAAAACUCUUGUCCCUCCUAGUUGCACAUUGUUUUGAAGUAUGACAAAAAAUUGCAAACUUUGCUUGGCUAGUUCAGGUGCAGUUGGCUAGUCCACAAAUAGAAUUCACACUCUUGCUGUUAGUGAUUUGCACCUAAGAUAUUAUCUUAUUCAUUAUUGCUUAGUUAUUUUCACAACUGAUUGAUAUAUAAUUUACUCAAAGAAAAAUGUAUUUGUCUGUCAGCAGUUGGCAACUCUUCAUCUUCAUUAACUCUGUAUGAGCAUUUAAUCAAAUAAUAAUGCAGAAUGGUGUUAACUCCCCCCUCCCUUUUUUUUUACUAUUUUCUCCAAGUAACACGCUCGUAAAGUCAAGCCUUUUUCAUGUUAAAGUUUUCUUGUAUUUUGUCUGUGCUAAAUAUAAAGCUAAAUAACUAGUAUGUUUUUAGCAAAACUCUUGAUAUCAAAAUUAUUAUAACUUGAUGCCAAGUGUUUUAGAAACUCCAUUACAUGAAAUUAAUGACUGUAAAUGGACAUUGGUGGAUUGCUGGCCAUAAAUUCAGCAAGAGUUUUUACCAGUACUGUAUACAUGAUUUGAGUUCCUUUAUGUAUAGGCAAAUGGUUUAAAUAAUUUGAAUGAAUAAUUGAUUUUAAUGACAUUUGCCAGUGAUUUAUCCUGUGUUAGUAUUGAAAUGUAGAAAUUUUAUAUAUCCUGUAUAUGUUAUUGUUUUCAUAUUCUUUGCAAAUAUUACAUACUUAUGUAUAAGAUAAUGUUGAUGUGGUAUACCAAUAUUACUACUCAAGGUAUAUACACAAGCAAUUUAAGUCAGUGCAGGUAAAAUGUUUACAAAACCUUAUAUAGCUUAUUGAUAAUCUGUUUGUUCAGUUAUCCUUUGGCAACCUUAUAUGUUAUUAAAAUUGAAAUUUUUACUCAUGCUCUAAUAUAUGUUUCAUCAUCCUUGAUAUAUAUAUGUACAUACAGUGGAUACUGUAUACUUACAGUGGAUACUUUAUGCUACAGGAUUUCUUUGAAAUAAAAGUCUGAAAAGAUUU